AUGAUUCCAGCUAAACGCGUUGCCGCUCUCUCGACUAAACUUUCGCCUGCUGUCGCAGCCACUUCCCGAGCAACCCACACAUCUGGCAAGACGGGCCGAUGGCAAAGCUCCCAAGCCGCGCUAGUCGUCCCUCGACGUGUUUCUCGCGCCCACACCAUCAACAGAACCUUUCCUAAGAGAUUAUACGCGUCUGAGAGCAAGUCUACCCGCCGUCCACAUUUUGACAAGAUCCUCAUUGCAAAUAGAGGAGAAAUUGCCUGUCGCGUUAUCCGGACUGCUAGAAAACUCGGAAUCAAGAGCGUUGCUGUCUAUAGUGAAGCAGACAGGGAUUCUAUGCAUGUCAAGCUGGCUGAUGAGGCUUAUUGCAUCGGGCCAGCACCUUCGUCCGAGAGCUAUCUCCGGAGCGACAAGAUUAUCGAAGUUUGUCGAAGGAGUGGUGCACAAGCCGUUCAUCCUGGUUAUGGCUUCCUCAGCGAAAACGCCCAAUUCUCUGAGGACCUUGCUUCAGCCGGAAUUGUGUUCAUAGGACCACCUCCAUCAGCCAUCGUCAGUAUGGGCUCUAAGAGUGAAUCGAAGAAUAUCAUGUCUGCGGCUGGUGUCCCUUGUGUACCUGGAUAUCACGGAGAAGAACAAACACCCGAGUUUCUAUUCGAAAAAGCGCAACAAAUUGGGUUUCCCGUUCUCAUCAAAGCAAUUCAUGGCGGCGGGGGGAAAGGCAUGCGAACCGUCACAAAACCCACUUUUGCGGCGUUUCAAGAAGCUCUCUCUUCAGCACAGCGCGAAUCUUUGAAAGCAUUUGGUAACGACACGGUGCUGGUGGAGAAGUAUAUUGAACGACCACGGCAUGUCGAAGUGCAAGUCUUCGCUGACACCUUGGGCAACGUCGUGAGCCUUUGGGAGCGGGAUUGCUCGGUCCAGCGCCGUAAUCAGAAGAUCAUAGAGGAAGCUCCAGCGCCAGGUCUAACCCCGGAACUCAGGGCUGACCUGAGCGCAAAGGCCAUUGCUGCGGCCAAGGCGGUGAACUAUGUUGGUGCGGGCACAGUGGAGUUUAUCUUCGACAACGAUACCUCAAAAUUCUAUUUCAUGGAGAUGAAUACCCGUCUUCAAGUCGAACAUCCUGUAACAGAGAUGGUCACUGGAUUAGACCUUGUCGAAUGGCAACUAGAGGUAGCUGCUGGGAACACACUUCCUCUUCCACAAGCUUCUAUUCCACUUGUGGGUCACGCGUUCGAGGCACGAAUAUAUGCAGAAAAUCCUCGCAACAACUUCCUCCCGGAUUCGGGCUCUCUGUUACACCUCUCUACCCCGACCCCAACACUCGUCUUCGCUACCCCGUUUGCACCAACCCUGGCCGCCGAUGGUGCAGAAUUAACACCCUCGCUCUCAUCAGAGAAUGUUUUACCUUCAGUUCGCUUAGAACAAGGUUUCGGACAAGGAGCACAAAUCGGAGUGUUUUACGAUCCUAUGAUAGCAAAGCUUGUUGUUCAUGGUCGUGACCGCACUGAAGCAUUGCGAAUCCUAAGGAAAGCUUUGGAUGAAUACCAUGUCGUAGGGGUAUCUACAAACGUGGAGUUUUUGAGGACAUUAGCCGGGAACAAGGCUUUCAUUGACGAGGAGGUUGAAACGGGUUUUAUUCCGAAACACUUCGAUGAACUCUUUCCGCCCGUCCAACCGCCUUCCCCGGCAUUGCUUGCGCAAGCAGCCCUAUUCAUGGUUCUUCGUGACCACCCGAUAUCCUCUCCCACACCUUGGACAAGUCUUUCGUCGCGUCGUUUUGGCGGUGAUGUCUAUGAACGCCCAAUCACUUUACAAGAAGAAAUGGCCGCUUCUGAUGGAUCUCCUGCGACUGUCACAGUGAAAUCUGCCGGCCCAGGACACUUCCAUGUUUCUGUCCAUGCUCAGGACACAACGCAUUUCCGGUCUGUUGCAGCUGAGCUUCUUUCUCCAACCACCUUGUCAUGUGCCCUCGACGACGCCAAUGAGCGAAUCACGAUCGUUUCGCAGCCCCCACCAGCCGGAGUCCCCGCAAGAGCUGGAGCGCCCACAACGAUGGAGCGGAUCCACAUCUUCAACGGCGGUGCCAAGACAACCCUGGUCGUGCCGGCGCCAAAAUGGCUGCUCACACUCAGCGAGGAUGUUUUGAGUGCUGGAAAAGGUGCUUUACGGGCCCCAAUGCCCAGUCUCGUUGUUGAAGUUCGGGUGAAAGUUGGGGAACGUGUGGAGAAGGGGCAAGCGGUGGUUGUGCUGGAGAGCAUGAAGACGGAAACGGUUUUAAGGAGUGACGUUGCGGGAAUUGUGAAGGCGGUCGGGUGCAAGAAUGGGGAGAUGGUUGAGGAGGGUCGUGAGUUGGUGGAGAUUGAGGAGGAUGGCCCUUCAGAAGAUUGA